ACUGUAAGCCCCUUUAGUGGACCGACCUGCUAAGGUCAUGGUCCUGGUCUUCUCCUUCACAUCCCAUCAAGGUACACCACUGCCACAUCCACAUCCACAUCCACAUGGGCAGCAUGAUUGAUCAUCUGCUUUCACAUGCCAUCCAAGCACACAGCAUCCAAAUCCACAUUCACACGAAUCCUCUUCCGGUCAUCCUUGGGUCAACUGUAAGUUUGUAACCAUUGCUAUAUAUAUGCAGCAAAGGAUACCUAGAAGAGAAGGCACCGCUGCCUGACCUGAAUUUUUCUAGUGCAGGGUGUAGUGUAGAACUCUAGAUUGAUCAUGGAAAUCUUCCCGUUGAUGCUUUCUCUAUUGGUGCUCGGGUCACUGGGAAAGCUAACAACUCUGGCAUCCGGAGUUGUAACAGGCCAGCAGAACCCAGAGGGGAACUGGGCGCAACCAUCCCGUGCCGGUGGCACGCUCCAUGGCUGCCCGACGAGCUGCGGCAGUGUCAGCUUCGGCUAUCCCUUUGGCAUCGGAUCCAGGUGCUCCCGUGGACCUGACUUCAACCUCAUUUGCAACAACACCAGUCAGCCCCCCAGGCUCUUCUUGUGCGACGGCAUCACCGAGGUGAUCGAAUCUGCAGAUUAUCCUCUUUUCAGUUCAAACUUUAUCUAUGCCUUCUUCUCGCAUACCAUCGCCAUGAAAUCUGGUGUCAGUGUCUACAACUUGUCUUUGAAACCGCCGGGGAGGUCCUUCCAUCUUUCUGACAUUGCUCUAAACAUCACCGGCUGCGACCUGGAUGUGUACUCUGUCAGAGAGGAUGGCGUCCAGUUCAUAUGUGGAACUGUGUGCCCGAACCCAGAAAUGACAGAGAUGGUGGCUAUGAAAAAAUGUAAUGGCUUUGGAUGCUGCCGUGUUGACGUGGAAAGCUAUGCCAGCACUUAUCAGUUCAAAUUAGACCACAACAGAAAAAACAGCAGCACGAGCUCUAAUCAGACCUCUCAGUUCUGGGAUAAAAUUAGGGUAAGUAGUGCUCAUGUCUUACAGCUCACAUGGAAAAUUCAGGAUCAACCCACCUGUGCUGCGUGUGUCAGCGAGCAUGCCGAGUGCAGCCACAGCGAUCCACAAGAUGUAUACGGUGCACCGACAACAACAAGUGGCUACUACUGCACCUGCCAUGACGGCUAUUCAGGCAACCCCUACAUUCUACAUGGCUGCUCCAGCAAUGAUAAAGGGUAUAAUCCAAUUCCGAGCAGGGCUAACUGUACCCGCUGGUGUGGUAAAAUUAAUGUGGAAUUCCCAUUCGGCCUCGAAGAGGGUUGCUUUGCCAGGGAUGAGUUUCACCUCCACUGCACAAAUAUGACAUCAUCGGCUGCCUUGUUCACGCGGGAGAAGCAACAGGUCAUUCCCUUUCAAAUAAAAAAGAAGGAACAGGUCAUUGACAUAAAUGUCAACGAAGGGACCUUCAAUGUCACCGUUGCUGCUCAUCUAAGUGUCUACAAUGGGACCUUCCGCCCCUACUCUAUUCCCCUGCCUCCAUGGCUUCAACAGGAUCAACAGAGUCAUAUUUGGGCAUAUGGGUAUUUUUUAUUUUAUAAAUUCGUGGCUGCUCAUCUAAGUUGCGCAGAGGCCCAACAGAAUAGGUCUGGAUAUGCUUGUGUGAGUACCUACAGCAAGUGUGUGGAAGUAAGCGAUGAAGCGAUGACUAGUUACCGCUGCAGAUGCUUUGAUGGCUUCCAAGGAAAUCCGUACAUCCAAAAUGGUUGUCAAGACAUUGAUGAAUGCCUUCAACCGAACAAAUGUAAAGGGAUCUGCCAUAAUACCAAUGGAAGCUUCAGUUGUACUGCCUGUCCUCACAAGACUGAGUAUGAUCCGUUAAAAAUGCAGUGUACUAAGAUAAAACAAGAGCCUCUGCUCUUAGGUAUAAUUAUUGGGCUGUCCUGUGGUUUCGGCGUUCUACUUCUGAGCUUCAGUGCAGUACUUUUCACUCGUAGGUGGAAAAAGAUUGUUCAGAAGCAACUAAGGACGAACUACUUCCGAAAGAACCAAGGUCUUCUCCUAGAAACAUUGAUAUCAUCUGAUGAAACUGCAAAUGAGAAUACAAAGAUUUUCUCGUUACAAGAGCUAGAGAAGGCAACAAACAACUUUGAUCCUACACGUAUCAUCGGACGUGGGGGGCAUGGCAUGGUUUACAAAGGCAUAUUGUCUGAUCAGCGUGUCGUUGCAGUAAAAAAGUCCAAGGUCAUUGAGCAAUCUGAGAUCAGUCAAUUCAUCAAUGAGGUUGCAGUCCUCACUCAGAUAAAGCACAGAAAUAUUGUGAAGCUCUUUGGAUGUUGUCUCGAAACUGAGGUUCCACUGCUGGUGUAUGAUUAUGUAUCCAGUGGCUCACUGUCAGAAGUUCUUCAUGCAGAUGAAAGUGAUGGUUUUUCUUUGUCUUGGGGUGAUUACUUAAGGAUUGCUCUCGAAACAGCAGGAGCUUUAUCUUAUCUCCACUCUUCAGCUUCAAUAUCAAUCUUCCACCGUGACGUGAAAUCCUCAAAUAUACUAUUGGAUGUGAACUACACGGCUAAAGUUUCAGACUUUGGCGCUUCAAGAUUGGUUCCAAUUGAUCAAACACACAUCGUUACAAAUGUGCAAGGUACAUUUGGUUACUUAGAUCCAGAGUAUUUCCGUACCAGGCAUCUGAACGGAAAGAGCGACGUCUACAGCUUUGGUGUGGUACUAGUGGAGUUGCUUCUGAAAAUGAAGCCUGUCUUUACAAGUGAAUCAGGCACAAUCAAGAGCUUGACAAACUAUUUUCUUGAGGAGUUCAAUGAGGGAAGAAUCACAGGCAUUGUUAACUCCCAGGUCCUUGAGGAAGCAACCGAGGAAGAGAUCAACAGUAUCGCCUCUCUUGCAGAACGGUGCUUGAGGCUGUGUGGUGAAGACAGACCCACAAUGAAAGAGGUGGAGACAGAGCUACAGACUCUACGAGCAAAUCGUGUGACCUUAUGUCAAGAAGAUCCAAGAAACGAAGAACAGAUGCAACCAAGGUUGCCAACUCGGCCAGGAGACAGCCAAAGGCGAUAUAGCUUGGAGAUAGAGUUCAUGUCAUCUGCUAGCCUGCCACGCUAGAUGAGUCUGUUGAGUUCAUAAUAAUGGAUACUUUGUUUUCUCUUUUUGUGAACUAAUGCUAGGUUUCGUAUUAUGUGAUAAUUUGAUUGGUAUUGUAAUAACUCAGUUGUGUCCAGAUAAUUUCAGGCACUAUGAUUAAAUCAGUUUCAAGUUUGGAAUUAUAUAUGCUAGUUUAUACAUGUAAUCCUUAUUUUUAUUACGCUGA